AUGCGGCUCCCUCACUUCAUCUCUCUAGUCGCUCCAGUCGCCUUCGCAAACCCCAUCCUUCCCCAACAGAUCCCUCUAUCACCAGCCACCACAAUCACCACCACCAGCGGCUCGACAAACCCUCAUAACCAUGAUUAUAUCUCACCCUCCCUCUUCUCCGAAUUCGAAGAACUAUCAAGAAUAGUCGAUAUAACCUACUGCAUCGGUACACCAUCGCCCGGAAUCUCGCAUCCAUUCAUCUGUCCAUCCCACUGCUCUCAAUUCCCAUCGUUCCAACUAAUCCAAUCAUGGAACACCGGUCCUUUACUUUCAGAUUCAUGCGGUUAUAUAGCAUUGUCUCAUCCUCCGGCUGAAAAAAGGGUUAUUGUGGCGUUUAGAGGGACAUAUAGUGUUACUAAUGCCCUCGUGGAUUUGAGUACCGGACGGCAGGAGUAUGUGCCUUAUCCGCCUAGUAAUCGGUCGGAUCUUUCGGUAUAUUAUAAUACACAGUCGAAAGAAGAGGGAGAGGUGCCGAAGUGCGAAGGAUGUUGGGCUCAUGCCGGGUUUUUGGAAAGUUGGAGACAGGCGAGUGAAGUUGUGGUACCGGUUGUGGAUGGGUUGUUGAGGCAGUGGGAGAGUCAUGGGUAUAGACUAGAACUUGUGGGUCAUAGUCUUGGUGGAGCUGUGGCUGGGCUUGCUGGGUUGGAGUUUAGAGAGAGGGGGUGGAAGGGGCGGGUUACGACUUUUGGAGAGCCGAGAAUCGGCAAUGCGAACCUUUCACAAUACAUCAAUCUACUCCUUCCUGCCCCAAACUAUAGACGAAUAACACAUAAAUCCGAUCCAGUCCCUCUUCUGCCCUUUUCGAAAUGGGGUUUUUUACACCAUGCCACCGAAUAUUUCAUCGAGAAGGAGGAUUUAACACCGACACCUGAAGAUGUGAGGGUUUGCGAGGGGGAUGAAGACGAGACUUGCGCGGCUUCUGGAAGCGUUAAUAUGCUGCAGUUGCUGUGGAGUCAUAGGGAUUAUUUUAAUCGGCUGGGGUUAUGCGUGCCGGAUGGGUGGAGGAGGGUACUGGAUGGGGCUUGGGGGCCUUGGUGGCCGAAGAAGGGUUAUUAA